AACUAAUGAAUGCAGAAGGUGAAUGGAAGUAUGAAUUUGCAGAGUUGCAGAGCAUAGCUAUGUGCUAUUUCUCUUCUUUAUUUUCAUCCAUCUCCCCUAAUAAUAUUGAACAAGUGACCUCCUAUUUAAGCCCUCGGGUCACUGAAGUUGAUAAUGCUUUCCUGCUCCAAAUGUUCAUAGAAACAAAGAUCAAGAAGGCAUUGCAUCAAAUGCAUCCUUCAAAGGGCCCUAGGCCUGAUGGGCUUUCGUCGGGUUUUUUCCAACGCUUUUGGGAUGUGGUGAAGGCAGAUGUUGUACUGCCAUGUCUAGAGUUCUUAAACCAUAAAGGUGCGAUUCCGUUGGAGCUAAAUUUCACCCAUAUUGUGCUCAUCCCAAAGUGUAAUGAACCUAGAACUAUGGCUGACUUGUGGCCAAUUAGCCUUUGUAAUGUUAUUUACAGGAUUAUAGCAAAGGUCAUAGCCAACAAACUUAAGAUGGUAUUGCAAAAAGUAAUUUCCCAAGAACAGAGUGCUUUCUUGCCAAAUCAAUUGAUUACUAAUAAUUUUAUGAUUGCUUAUGAAAUCCUCCAAUAUAUGAGAACUAGGAAGGUGAGGAAGUGGGGUUGGCAGGCUGUUAAGUUGGAUAUGAGCAAGGCUUUUGAUCUGGUUGAAUGGCCAUACUUAGAGCAAGUUAUGGGAGCUAUUGGUUUUGCUGAAGAGCUAGAGCAUAUCUUGAAUAGAUACUGGUGGGGAAGAGGUGAAGAUGAACAUAAGAUCCAUUGGAUGGAAUGGAGGAAGCUUGCGACCUCGAAGAAAGCAAGAGGAUUAGGCUUUCGAGCUAUGCGUGAAUUCAACCUGUCUAUGCUCGGGAAGCAAGGCUGGAGGUUGUUGACAUGUCCUGAUUCCUUAGCAACGAGACUCAUGAAGGCCAAAUAUUUUCCUUGCUGUAGACGAUUGAUUGGUGAUGGUCGUAGUACUGAAAUUUGGAAUGACCUAUGGCUUCCGGGUAAUGAGCAAUUUUAUGUCCAGUCGCCACGGCUUGAAGGUUGUACCCUUCGUUUUGAGGAUAAUUGCUUGUGGCAUUUCACCAAGCAUGGAAGUUACACAGUACGAUCUGGGUACCAUAGAGCUAUUAAUAUGGCUAGAAAUCACGUUAGGCCGUCUGCAUCCUCCACAAUCUUUGGCGGCAACCGAUUGUGGUCCUUAGACAUCCCAGAGAAGGUGCGAUUGUUUAUCUGGAGUGCUUACAAAAAUGUUAUUCCCACAAAGGACAAUCUUCACAAAAAGAGGGCAGAGGUGGAUUUAGAGUGUUCGAUGUGUGGUAUGGAGAAAGAAUCUGUCUUUCACUCCCUUAUGUCAUGCUCCCUUGCUCGUACAGUAUGGUUAGGAUGCCCUUUGAACCUUCAUGUAUCUAAACUCCAGGUUGAUGACUUUGCAACUUUUUUUGAUAACACAGCAUGCAUUUUGGGGAAAGAGCAAUUUGAACUCUUCUACUUGUUAGGGGCUACAGUAAUGCAGAAGGCCACUAAAACUAGAUGGCACCCACCAGACUUGGGUUUUAUAAAGCUAAAUGUAGAUGGAGCAACAUCUGUCCAAAGCGCAGCCUUCGGUAUGGGUGCAUUGGCGCGGAAUGAUUCAGGGGAGGUGCUGGCAACUAUGGCGUGCAAAGGACAAGGAGCAGCGGAACCUGAAGUUGUUGAAGCCUGCAGUCUACAGAGCUCUCUCCACUGGGCUCAAUCCCUUGCAUUUGGAAGAAUUAUAGUAGAAUCUGAUUGUGCAACCAUUGUGUCAGCAAUCACCAGUGAAACCUUCAACAUGAACUCCAGCUUAGGCCUCAUUCUUCUUGAUUGCAAAGCACUAUUAGCCUCUUUCAAGUCGUGCCGGUUACAACAUGUCCGCCGAACUGCUAAUGCUGUUGCUCACGAGCUUGCACGAAGAGCACUUACUACUGAGGCUAAUGAGUUUUGGGUGGAUGACAUACCAUUUCCCAUUGAGCAUAUUGUAACAGGAGAUCAAUCCCUUAUCUGAAUAUGUACUUCCUGUUCUUACAAUCUUAACAUAUGUACUUCCUGUUCUUACAAUCUUAACAAAGCUCGCAUAUGGCU